AUGGCCUCGGAUCGCAAGUCAGGGCCACCGGCCCGCUCCUUCCUGGCGCUGGAGCCGCGCGCGCCCACCGCCGGGCCGUCCCGCCGCGCGGGCGUCCGCAGCUCCUUCCAGGACUCGAGACGCCGCCGCCACCGCGGCCAACCCUCUCAAGACGCUCACGCAGUGGCGGCAGAAGCACGAGCGCACGCAGGAGCGGCUUCCUGUGCGCCGCGGCUGGUGUCAGGGGCGGCAUGGCCUUCACCGGCUGCACGGAGCUGGACACGCCCGACGGCCAGCGCGGGAGGCGCUGGUGCUACAUCGAGCCGCAG